UUCAUCUGCUUUUCUCUUGUGCAUCUGGUUUUUUCACUCUGCCCUCUCCAUCGAUCUUCCCCCUUCAAAGAAGAAACAAAACCACCUGAUAAGAACAGGCGCGCUCCUGCUCCCCACGGCGGACGCCAUGGACGCUUGGGAGGCUACCAAGGUGGUGUUCGACCGGGUGCGUGUGCUGGACCCCGACAACGCCCCCAAGAUCAUGGGUCUGCUCCUCAUCCAGGACAACAGCGACAAGGAGCUCAUCCGCCUCGCCUUCAGCCCCGAGCACCUCCUCCACGCCUUCGUCGCCAGCGCGCGCGCCGAGCUCGCCGGCAAGCCCGCGUCCCCGCCGUCGCCCGUUCUCGACCCGCUGCAGACCGGCCCACCCCGGGGCGUCCCGAGCCCUGGAAGCGGCGAUCAUCAGUCGCCGUUCGCCGCCGCCGACCAUGUCGGGUAUGACGGCGGCGACGCGCUCUACCCCGAGAACGAGUACGACUGCUGGUCCCCGGUGAGCGGCCACCGCCGGAGCUUUUCGCUGGGCGACGCCGAGGUGGCUGCGUGGAGGCCGUGCAUGUACUUCGCGCGCGGCAACUGCAGGAACGGCUCCUCCUGCCGGUUCCUGCACGGCCUGCCCGAGGACGACGCGGCGGCGACGGAGCGUGAGAUGGCGGUCAUGCGCGCCAAGGCCUUGGCCGCCGCGCGGCCGCAGCAGCACAUGGCGCCGGCGUUCCCCUUCUCGCCGUCGCCGCCCAAAGGCGUCAACCUCAACUUCCUGCUCCACCACCAACAGCAGCACGAGCCGCAAAGGUUCCCGGUGCGCUCGCCUCGGAUGGACCGCGGCGACCUCAUCGCCAGCCCCGCUGCGCGGCAGAUCUACCUGACAUUCCCGGCCGACUCCACCUUCAGCGAGGAGGAUGUGUCCAACUACUUCAGCAUGUACGGGCCGGUGCAGGACGUGCGCAUCCCCUACCAGCAGAAGCGCAUGUUCGGCUUCGUCACCUUCAUCUACGCGGAGAGCGUGAAGAUCAUCCUGAACAAGGGCAACCCGCAUUUCGUGUGCAACGCGCGCGUGCUUGUCAAGCCAUACAAGGAGAAGGGCAAGAUCCCCGACAGGUUCAGGAAGCUGCAGCACCCGCACCACGGGGACUUCGCCGGCUGCACGUCGCCCACCGGAUUGCUUGAUUCCAGGGACCCCUUUGAUCUGCAGCAGCCACAGAUUGGACCAAGGAUGAUGUACCGAAACAUUGCUAACCACGAGGCGUUUCUGAGAAGGAAGCUCGAAGAGCAGCAGCAGGCGGCCGAGCUGCAGCAAGCCAUUGAGAUGGAGCAACGCCGGUUCAUGGGGCUGCAGCUCCUCGACCUCAGGAGCAGGGGUCACCAUCUUGGCUCCCCCAUGCGUCUCGGACAAGCUGACGGCAAAGGCAGCGUCAAUGGGAAUGGCAGUGCCAUCCAUUUGGAGGAUGUCAUCAUCCAAGAUAACAAGCUGAACAGUACUGUGCUUGCCAUGAGUGCGCCUGCAGCUGCUGCUAUCUCUGCAACUGAUGCAGAAGGCAAGCACGAGGAGCAGCAGGAAGAGGAUGGUGAUGCCAGUCCCAAGCAGAUGGUCAACCUUGGGGAAGUGGAGAAAAGGGAAUAUGGUCCUGUGACAGCAACACAAAAUGUUGGUUGUGACUUCCAAGAAAGUGGCGUGGUGGAUCACAUUUUGCCUGAGAGCCCCUUUGCAUCUCCCACCAAGGCCUCUAUUGAUACUCAUACAAUAGCUCAAAAUGGCAACAUCAACAUCAGCAGCCCUUUUCAUCAUGUGGCUUCGUCCCUCUUCCCACCUACAUCCACCCUUGAGCUGCCCCCAUACAAGUCCUGCUUCUUUCAGGUGCCCAGGUUUUCUCCUGGGCAUGAAGCGAUUGGUAUGUGAACAUAGAGCAAAAAGGGGGCUCCUUUCCUCUAAUCUGGGAGGACUAUCAUGCCCCCAUCAAGUGGAGGAAAGGGUUGAAAGCUUUAGCAAAUAAUAGGUGUAUCUUCAGGGGAAUCAACAACAGCAACAAUUAAAGAAACAAGUCUAGGUUGUUUUAGCUCUAGGUCUUUAGUAUAUGAAGAUAGUAGUCCUACAAAUAAUAGUCUUCUGUUCUGUUAGCUUCCGCCGGUAUCAAGAACAAGAUCAAAGGUCAAUCUCGUAUGCUCGUUUGUAGCAUGGAUCUCAGAAUGGUAGAGGUCAUUAAAGCGUAGAUGGUGUAGUAAUAACUAGUCCUGACAGCCAGUUGUAUUGAAUUGACAUGGAUGAAUACAGACUUCCUAAGAAGUCAUAGGGUAGAGAGGUAGAGGAGUUUUCCUUCAAAAAAGGAGAGGCAGAGGAGUGGACAAAUGCAAGACAGACAUGGUGUUGGAGCUGCAGAAGGAAAAAGUGAUGCGAUUCAAGGGGUGCUGCUGGGACCAGAGCACUCACGGGUGCAAAAAAUCACCUCAUGAGAAAUUCAGCAGAGAUCCGUCACCUGUGUCCUAUUUUGCCCAUUGCUCUUUGUCAUGUAUGCUUGCAGUACUCCUUGGGCCUGUGCAUCCACCUUUUGCCUCUUUCGGUACUAGAACAACAGGAGGUAGUAGAGAAAGAAAUGGAAAAGUAAUUAAUUAUCAGUCAUAUUUAUCUCGA